AUGACUCAAAUAGAUAUGAUGUUGAAAGUGUUAUGCGCUAAUUAUGUAGUGGUAGUCGAGGUGGUGAAAGAUAUGGAGGUGAAGAUAGUGGUGAAAGAGAAGGGGGUGGUGGGGAUGGCGGUUGUGGAGGUGGAGGUCGUGUUGGUGGUGGAGGUGGAAGAGGAUGAGGAGGUGGUGGUGCCUGCAACGGUGGUGGUAGAGGUGGUAUAG